UUCAGGACAGAAAAUGGCGACGGCGGGGAGCCGGACCUCGUCCUCGUCGUCGGCUUCUUUAGAGUCUAAUAACGGCACAAACGUUGGAAGCGGACCUCAGGGAAGUUUGUCUACCCCAGGUCUUCCGAGCAGUCCCGGCAAGGCGAAGCGAGGCACCGGGGAAAACUCACAGUGGAGACGCAAAGAGCUGCGCAAAGUGAGAAGUGUGGAUCUGGACAAACCCGAGGCGCUGCUCCUAUCUCCGGACACCGGGGCAGCUCCGAUAUCAGCGCAGCUGCACUUCUCGUCCAUUUCGUCUCCUGGUGCUGUUCAAGCUACUUUGUUGCAGCAAACGCAUCACCUUCAGCAAAGUGACUCAUUAGGCAUAACCGGUGAAACUCUGUCUGAUAAAGCAAGCAAUAGUUUGUCCACUGCCGCUCAGGAAUUGUUAAAAACUUCUUUUAAAAACAGCAGCGACCAUCUCAACGCCGAUAAUGGUGCUACCGGAACUUCAGUGGAAAUGACCGCAAAACAACAAAAUUGCCGUGAGAUGGAGCCCAAGGAGACCCUGCGUGGGCUGCAGAAGAUGGAGGACCGGCCGGAGGAGCGCAUGAUCCGCGAGAAGCUCAAGGCCACCUGCAUGCCCACCUGGAAACACGAGUGGCUCGAGCGCAGGAACCGACGCGGACCCGUGGUGGUGAAGCCCAUCCCCCUGCGUCCGGACGGGAGCGAGGCCGGAGGAGGAGGUAUGGAGGGGGGAGGCCAGGGCUCCUCGUCAGCAGGCACCUCCCCCCAGAGCAGGGGCCGCCGGAGCCCCUCUCCAGGGCCCACCUCCUCCUCCUCCUCCUCCUCCACCACCUCCUCCGCCAACAACUCCUCCUCCAACGGCAAACUCAGCGGAAAGCCUGACUCCCCUGGUGUGCGGAGGAAGAGGGCAUCCCCUGUGCCGUUCCAGAGUGGCCGGGUGACGCCGCCGCGCAGGGCUCCAUCUCCGGACGGCUUCUCGCCCUACAGCCCCGAGGAGACCAGCCGGCGGGUCAACAAGGUCAUGAGGGCACGCCUCUACCUGCUGCAGCAGAUAGGACCCAACUCCUUCCUGAUUGGAGGAGACAGCCCCGACAACAAGUACAGAGUCUUCAUAGGCCCACAGACUUGCAGCUGUGGCCGGGGAGCGUUCUGUAUCCACGUCCUCUUCGUCAUGCUCCGCGUGUUCCAGCUGGAGCCGCCUGACCCGCUGCUCUGGAGGAAGACACUCAAGAACUUCGAGGUGGAGAGUCUGUUCCAGAAGUACCACAACCGCCGCAGCUCGCGCAUCAAGGCGCCCUCGCGCAACACCAUCCAGAAGUUUGUGUCGCGCAUGUCCAACUCGCACACCAACUGUCCCUCCAGCACCUCGGCUUCCAGCACAGAGAGCAGCAUGAAGGAUGAGGAGGAGCAGAUGUGUCCUAUCUGUCUGCUGGACAUGCUGGAUGAAGAGAGUCUGACCGUGUGUGAGGAGGGCUGCAGGAACAAGCUGCACCACCACUGCAUGUCUAUAUGGGCAGAGGAAUGCAGGCGAAACCACGAGACUCUGAUCUGCCCCCUGUGCAGGGCCAAGUGGAAGUCACACGAUUUUUACAGCCAUGACCCAUCCACUUCCGUGGAGGGAGCACCCAACCGCAGCCAAAGCCAGGCCUCCCCCUCCUCCACCUCCUCAUCCAGCACGGCAGGGGCAGCAGGAGGUGCCCACAGCGAGAGCCCUCGUCUGGGCCAGCAGGAGGGAGACUUCACCCUCCCCCACUACGGCGUGCAGCAGAUCCCACAGACCUACAAGGAGCUGGCCGAACCCUGGAUCAAGGUGUUUGGCAUGGAGCUGGUGGGUUGCCUCUUCUCGCGCAACUGGAACAUCCGGGAGAUGGCCCUGCGGCGGCUGUCACAUGACGUGAGCGGCGCUCUGCUGCUGGCCAAUGGGGAGCGCUCACUGGGCAGCGGUGGGGCGGGAUUUGGCAGCGGAGGGGCCAAUGGCGGCGCAGGAGCCGGAGCUGGGGCGUCGGCGGCAGAAGUGGGAAGCUGUGCGGAGGUUUCCGGGGAGGUGGUGGUGGAGUCCUGCUGCAGCGUACUGUCCAUGGUCUGUGCCGACCCCGUCUACAAGGUCUACGUGGCCGCUCUGAAAACGCUGCGUGCGAUGCUGGUAUACACCCCGUGCCACUCCCUGGCCGAGCGCAGCCGCCUGCAGCAGCUACUGAGGCCUGUGGUGGAGACCAUCCUGGUCAAGUGUGCUGACGCCAACAGCCGUACGAGUCAGCUGUCUGUGUCCACCCUGCUGGAGCUGUGUAAGGGGCAGAUGGGGGAGCUGGCCGUGGGCAGGGAGAUCCUCAAAGCAGGCUCCAUGGGUAUCGGCGGCGUGGACUAUGUCCUGAACUGCAUCCUGGGCUCCCAGACGGAGUCCACCAACUGGCAGGCGCUGCUGGGGCGUCUCUGCCUCAUUGACCGCCUGCUGCUGGAGUUCCCCGCCGAGUUCUACCCGCACAUCGUGGCGGCCGGGGACUGCAGCCAGUCUCAGAACCUGGGCGAGAGCAGGUACCAGAAGCUGCUCCCGUUGCUCAGCUUCGCGCUGCAGUCCAUCGACAACUCGCACAGCAUGGUGGGCAAGCUGUCGCGCCGCGUCUUCCUGUCGGCGGCGCGCAUGGUGGCGCGCGUGCCGCACGUCUUCCUGCGGCUGCUGGACAUGCUGAGCGCCACCAGCUCCACGCACUACGCGCGCAUGCGGCGCCGCCUGCUGGCCAUCGCCGAGGAGAUGGACAUCCUGGACGCCAUCCACCUGGGCCUGGAGGAGCUGCAGGCGGCCGAGAGCGGGGCCGGCGGUGGGGCGGCCAUGGGGGCGGCCGGAGGCCUGGGCAUGGGCACCAGUGCCGGUGGUGCUUGUGGCGGUGUGGGAUGUGGUGGGUCGUCUCAGCAUUACUACUCCGCAGCAGCAGCAGCAGCAGACGGUGGCGCCGGCCCCGCCGCGCCACACAACUCGCCCAACGCCACCGAGUGCAACUCGCCAGCGCAGACGGUGCAGCUGAGUCCGGCGGUGAAGCAGAGAGGUCGCGCCCAGCAGCAUCAGCAAAACCAACAACAUCAACAACAACAGCAUCAUCAACAUCAUCAACAUCAGGGGGGUGGAGGGAGGCUUGCAGUAGGGGGUGCAACAGCAUCAGCACCAGCCCCCGGGGGACCCGAAGACGCGCUGGCGGAGCGACUGGGGGCCAUGUCAACGACGACAGGCGACGACAACAGGCGGUCCGAGUACCCAAAGCCCCCCGUGCAGGCCAGGGCAGGCCGCCCCCAGAGCCAGUGCCUGGCUGCCGGUGGUGGUUGUGGUGGUGGUGGCGGCUCACAGGCUGCAGGACAGCAGCAACAGCACCAGCACCAGCACCAAGCCCCUCUCCUACCCUCCCCGUCAAACCCCCAUCACCCCACGCCCGCCUUCCCCACCACAGACGCGCCCAGCCCCAAGACUCCCCACAGAGGCCCCGUGCCCCCCAGCAGCAAGCUGGCUGCCACAGGGGCGUCGCCCGGUGCCCAGCGCAAGUACCCGCAAGUACAGAAAGCACCAGGCCCUGGAGGUGGAGGUGGAGGUGGUGCUGGUGGAGGUGGUGGUCAUAGUAAUAGCAAUGGCGCCAGUGCUAAGGACCCAGAGAGGGACCCGUCGGCCAUCUUCACCCAGUCUCGCCCCCUCCCCUCCAGUCAGAUCCACAGACCAAAGCCCUCCCGGCCCGGCGCUCCCUCCUCCGAGCCUGGCGCCUCCUCCCCCACCACAAGCCCAGCGAGUCACCGCAGCCCCCAAGCAAGCAAAGGCAACAUGAAGCUCGACCUUCAGGAUCCUUCUGCGAACAUCACCACCGCCAACUCUGCAUCCUCCUCCUCCUCCAUCAUCUCUGGGCCUGCGGGCCCCUCAGACCUCCACCAACACCCUUCCUCCUCCUCCUCCACGACUCACCCCUCCUCCUCCUCCUCGUGCCCGGCGGGGGCCUCCACGCUCAUCCCAAGCGAAGACACGGUCUUCACGCCAGUGGAGGAGAAGUUCCGGGGCCUGGCGGACGCCUCGGCCGAGCUCAACUCCAGCAUGGAGGACCUGCUGGAGGGCACCAUCAUGCCCGCCGCCGGCGAGGGCACCGUCACCUUCCAGUCGGAGGUGGCAGUGCUGUCGCCGGGCGAGCAGGGAGGAGGCGGUGGCUCUGGCGGUGGAGCCGGGGACUCCUCCAACACCCCCCAUGGCGGCCAUGGUAGUGGCACCGGCAGCGGUGGCACUAGCAACGGCAGCUCACGGGGAGGAGGUGGUGGUGGCACCUACACGGACGACGUGGUGCAGCACCAGAAGUGCAAGGAGAAGAUGGAGGCAGAGGAGGAGGAGGCCCUGGCUAUCGUCAUGGCGAUGUCGGAGUCGCAGGACGCCCUGCCCAUCAUCCCCCAGCUGCAGGUGGACAAGGGAGAGGACGUCAUCAUCAUACAGGUGGAUACCCCUGAGACGUUGCCGGGCCAUACCAAAGCGAAGCAGCCGUACCGCGAGGGAGCGGAGUGGCUGAAGGGCCAGCAGAUCGGCCUGGGGGCCUUCUCCUCCUGCUAUCAGGCCCAGGACGUGGGCACCGGCACUCUCAUGGCCGUCAAACAGGUGACGUAUGUGCGUAACACCUCGUCGGAGCAGGAGGAGGUGGUGGAGGCUCUGAGGGAGGAGAUCCGCAUGAUGGGCCACCUCAACCACCCCAACAUCAUCCGCAUGCUGGGGGCCACCUGCGAGAAGAACAACUACAACCUCUUCGUGGAGUGGAUGGCAGGUGGCUCCGUAUCGCACCUCCUGAACAAGUACGGGGCCUUCAAAGAGGCGGUCAUCAUCAACUACACGGAGCAGCUGCUGAGGGGCCUGGCCUACCUGCACGAAAACCAGAUCAUACACAGAGACAUCAAGGGUGCCAACCUGCUGAUUGACAGCACGGGGCAGAGGCUGCGGAUAGCCGACUUCGGGGCGGCUGCCAGGCUGGCGUCUAAGGGGACGGGGGCCGGGGAGUUCCAGGGGCAGCUGCUUGGAACCAUCGCCUUCAUGGCACCAGAGGUGCUGAGGGGGCAGCAGUAUGGCCGCAGCUGUGACGUCUGGAGCGUGGGCUGUGCCAUCAUCGAGAUGUCCUGCGCCAAGCCGCCCUGGAACGCAGAGAAGCACUCCAACCACCUGGCGCUCAUAUUCAAGAUCGCCAGUGCCACCACGGCCCCCACCAUCCCCACUCACCUGUCCCCAGGUCUACGGGACGUCACCCUGCGCUGUCUGGAGCUCCAGCCCACCGAUCGACCCCCCUCCCGCGAGCUCCUCAAACACCCCAUGUUCCGCCUCAACUGGUAGCAGCCCCCACCCUCUCCUCUCCCUCCUCCUUUACCCCUCCAAAUCCCCACUGUACCCCCCAAUACCCCCUCCCUCCCUCCCUCUCUCCCUUGUCAUCCUGUAAGCCCAGUAUGGGUCAUAUGUAUGGAGAUACUACUGAAGGCCUUCCCCCUGCCACUGCUACUGCACCUGCCUCCACUGUAGCCUGCUGCCCCACCCUCACCUCACCUCACCCUCGCCUCGCCUCACCUUACCCCUCCACACCCACCCACACGCUUCACCACGUCACCAAGUACACACGGCACACACAUCUGCAAAUGCAUUUACACGCAUGCACGCGUCGCGCACACACAUGCAUUACACACACAUACCGCUUUGGACAAUGGGCCCAGAAAAGCAGAGGAGGAGCCUGUGCACCCUAAAGACACUUUUUAGUUCAUGAAAUGCCAAGACCUGCUGUACUCCGGAGAAGCCCCAAUACACACACACACAAAUACACACACACACACACACACACACACACACACACACACACACACACACACACACACAUACAUACACAACACACACACACACACACACACACACACACACACACACACACACACACAGACGCCUCUCUUCGCCAGUCUUCUCCCCCAUCGCUCAGAGCGCUGCCCAUCACCACCUGCCUGCUGGCUGCUGGGCGUGGCUACGUGAAGCUCCUCCUCCCACUGGUGCCUUUGUCUCGUGCCAUGUACCGCAUCGCGCCCCCUACACUGUACUACUCACCACGCUAGAUGCCCCCUCUUGUCUGGUGCUGGUGUCCAGCACUUGUGUUUCUUAAAUAGUUUGAUCUCGUAGCCAUCUGGUCCCUUGGGUGACGGAUUUAUGAUAUGGGGUAGUGGGGUUGAGGGGGUGGGAUUAAUUAUGGGGCAGGAUUAUUAUAGGGGUGGGUUGGGCAAUGACUUGUGAUGUCAUGACUCAUGUCACACCCUAAUGGUGUGUGCACGAUUAUUUCUUAAAAUUUUUAAAGCAUUAGACAAUGGAUAUGACAACCUAAAUCAAAGUUGACUCUAUGUGGUCUGAUUUCUGCUUUUUUAUUUUAUUUUUCUUUAAUUUUUUAAAAUAAUAAUGACCAUCAUUGUUGUGUGUGGAGUUAACGGGGAGGUGUGUAAAAUGUUUCACUUUUUUGUUGUCUUUGUUUGGUAACUGCGUUCGAUCGUGUAAAAGACUAUGAUUUGAUCAUUUUUGUGCAUUAUUUGUGCACUAUUACUGUGCAUCAUUACUGUCAGGCCAUUAUAUUUUAAUAGCUUGGGGAAAAACAUCUUGGAAGUGAAUCAGGGAACGGUGACUUGUUUUUUUUUUUUUUUUGGAACAGAACUUCAGCUAGUUCAGCUAGCCAGUCGCUGAAUGUGAACGGUUAUGAUACUGUCGUGUUUCUUUUGUUACUAGAUUUUUUUAAGCUGAAAAAUCCCAUGUACGACUUAUUAUUAUUUUGUUUUCAAAGCAUUCGACAGCUUUUUUUUUU